AUGUCCUCGAGAGGUGCUCAAGAAACGUCCAAGCUGAAGCACAACCUGGAGGAACAGCUGGACAGACUGAUGCAGCAACUCACAGAUUUAGAAGAGUGCAAGGCAGAUCUGGAUCCAGAUGAGUACGAGGAAACCAAGAAUGAAACUGUGGAGCAGUUGAAGGAGUUUGAGGCCAACUUGGCCAAGAUGCUGCAUGGCAACCUCAGCCUGGUGGAUGAACUUAGCGGCAUGCAGUUGGCAAUUCAAGCAGCCAUCAGUGAAGCAUUUAAGACUCCAGAGGUGAUUCGAAUGUUUGCCAAGAAGCAGCCUGGACAGCUGAGAACCAGACUGGCUGAUAUUAGUAGAGACGAGAAGAUUGGCAAGUUGUCCAAACAGCAAGCAGCGCAGCAGUCGGUGGAAAUCCUCAUGGCUUUGAAAAAACUUGGAGAGCCCUUAACUGCAGCAGAAGUGGCUUAUUUGCAGCAGAACUCUUCAGGCAGCCUCAGAGAGUUUGAAACAGUUUCUGGCGACAUGGGGACAGGGGAACAGGUUCUGGCAGUGGCCGGGUCACAGGUGGAGAAAGCAAGCAAGUGA